AUGGAUAGGACAGAUAAAUUGGUAAAUAUUCUAACAGACAAGGAUAUUUUAGACAUUUGUAAUGAAUUGGAAGAUGGGGAUACCUUAGAUAUUUAUACGACUCAUGCUGCCCCUUUAUGUGUUGUUGACAUAAAUAAGGCUAGUAAAGGGGUUGGUGGGUGUAAUAGUAGAGCUUUUAAGAGCACAACUGUCUUAGAAGAAGAGGAAGAUAGUGAAUCUGAAUCUGAAUAUGCACCUGCUCAUGAACCUACCCCUUCCCCUUCUCCUUCUCCUAAACCUGCUCCUGCCCCUGCACCUUCAAGAGAACAAGAGAGUGGAGUAGAUAGUGAAUCAGACUUUGAUAAUAGUGAAGGUGAGGAUGACAAUGAGAAUGAUUCAGACGUUGACAAUAGUGAUAAUGAUGAGAGUGAUGGAGUAGAUUUACAUGUUCCUGAUGAUAAGGAUUAUGGAUCUGAUGUUCAUGAAGAAUUUGUAGAGUGUAGGGAUGAACUGAGGAAGUAUAGGAGGAAAAGGAGUGAAAGGCCAAAAGAUAGAGGUGAUAUUAACCUAGGUGAUGCAGGAGUUGAUAUUGGUUUUGAUGAAUUAGAACUGGUAGCAAGCAAGAUGGAUGUUGAAAGUUUUCCUUCAGAUGCUGAAGAUGAAUUUGAUGAAGAACAUAAGGAGAAAAUGGCUGCCAAGAGAAGGAAGAAAGCCCUGAUAUUUGAUCCAACU